GAUACACAAAAUAAAAUAAAACAAAUAUAAAUAAUUAAUAAUAAUUAACUUAAUAAAUAUACACAGCUAUAAUCUUUUUGUUUUAUAUAUAUAUAUUUGUUUUUUUAUUAUUUUAUUUUUUAAAUUCAAAUAACACCAAAUUUAAAUUAUAGACAAAAAAACACACACUCAAUACAUAUUUAAAUAUUGUUAAUAAUUUUUUUUUUAUUUUAAUAUUUACCCCCCACACUUAAUCAUUAAAAAAAAUAAAAAAUUAAUAAUAAAUUUAAUAAAUAAUUUAAUAAAUAUAAAUAAUUUUAUACUUUUUUUUUUUAAAAAUAUUUGUUUAAUAUAGUUUAUAAUAUAUACAAUAUAAAUGUUUUUAAAAACUAUAAAAAGAAACUACUACAAUAAUAUAUAAUUAUAAAUUUUAGAACGGUAGUAACAAAUAUAUAUACUUUACAAAUAAAAUGGUUAAAAAUGAUUAUAAUUCAUUUUUUGAUGAGGCUGAUAUAAAUAAUAAUAAUAAUAAUAAUAAUAAUAGUGGCAAUAAUAGUAGCUAUAAUAACAAUAAUAAUAAUAAUAACAACAACAGCAAUAAUAAUAGCAAUAUGAAUGAAAAUAGUAAUCAGUAUUUUGAAGAUAGUGAUGGUAUAUUUUUAGAAAGUAAAGAUGAUUCAUCAUUAGAGAUUAAUGAUGAAACAGCUAUUAUUCAUAAACCAUACUUUAAUGAUUCAGGUUUUGGCGAUAUCAAUAAGCAAAAGAAACUCACACAUACAAGAGGUAAACAUACAUUUACAGAAGCAGAAAAAUUAAAAAUGGCAAAAUAUGAAUCAUUAGAUUUCCCAAUAAUUGACAAUCAAAUUUACAGAGAACAUUUAAGAAAGACAUCAAAAUUAAAUCACAUAUUAAAGACAUUUGGUAAAUGGUUAAUUUGUUUUAUGAUUGGUGUUUUAGUUGGUAUAACGGCAUAUGUUGUCAAACAAAGUGUAGAAUUUGUCAACGAAUAUAAAUUUAAAAAAUCAGAGCAUUAUUUAGAGACACAGAAAAAGUUUAUAGGGUUCUUGGUUUAUUAUGGAAUUAAUUUAUUGUUUGGUAUAUCAGCAUCUUUAGUGAUUAUACCAGUUGGCCAGAUUGCAAGUGGUUCAGGUAUUCCAGAGGUAAAAGGUUAUUUAAAUGGUAUUCGUAUUCCUCAUUCAAUGAACGUUAAGACUUUGAUUGGUAAAUUGGCUUCGUUAAUUUUAGCUUAUAGUAGUGGUUUAAUUUUAGGACCAGAAGGUCCAAUGAUUCACAUUGGAAGUAUGUUGGGUGGUGCUAUUGGUCAAGUAAAAUCAAAAACACUCAGAUGGUACCCAAAGAUUUUUUGGAAAUAUCACAACGAUCGUGAUCGUAGAGAUUUUAUAAGUACUGGUGCAGCAGCUGGCGUUGCAGCAGCUUUUGGUGCACCAAUAGGUGGUGUAUUAUUUGGUUAUGAGGAGGCUUCAUCUUUUUGGUCACGUCAAUUAACCUGGAGAACUUUCUUUGCUUGUCUCAUUGCUACAUUCACUACAAAUAUAAUUCUUCAAGGUUUUUCUGUUCAAAUUCACGAUUAUGGUGUAUUGAAAUUUGGUCUUUCAAAUACUGUACUCUUUCGUUAUGCUGAACUUAUACCAUUUGCAGGUAUUGGUGUUUUAGGUGGUUUACUUGGUGCUUUGUUUGUGGAUUUAAAUGCUCGUCUUUCAAAGUGGAGAGCCAGCUUCUUUGCAAACAAAAAGAUCUAUUUACGUGUUGUCGAAGUUUUCAUCUUAGUUACAUUCACAUCAACCCUUUUAUUCUGUGCCGCUGCAUUCACUCCAUGCCGUGACAUCUCUCAAGCUCAGAUCCCAAAUAAUAAUAAUGGCAGUAGCAGUAGCAAUAAUGGUACCAUUAUUGAGAAGCCUAUUUUCAUUCCAUUCUUUUGUGAAAAAGAUAAAUCCUACAAUCAAAUGGCUGGUCUUUCAUUUAAUUCAUUAGAUGCUGGUCUUCGUCUUUUAUUCAGUACCUCACCAAAUAUCUUUACAAUUCCAGUUUUAAUUAUCUUUACAUUAAUUUCAUUCAUAUUGACCAUUAUCACCAGUGGUUUAAUGUUGGCUAGUGGUUUGUUCAUUCCAAUGAUGUUGGUCGGUGCUUCUUUAGGUAGAUUGGUAGGUCAAGUUAUUGCAUUGUUCUUUAGCAAUAUUGAUCCAUGUGUAUAUGCAAUGGUUGGUGCUUCAGCUAUGAUGGCAGGUUUCUCUAGAAUGACAAUUUCAUUGGCUAUCAUUAUUGUAGAGUUAACAGAAGGUACCCAAUAUAUGCUUCCAGUAAUUCUUUCAGUUAUGAUUGCCAAAUGGGUCGGUGAUAUAUUCAAUGAAUCCAUCUAUGAACAUCUUAUGGAACAAAAGUGUUACCCAUUCCUUCAAAGUCAACCAAUCAAAUCAUUUAUCAAAUUGGGUGUUGUCGAUAUUAUGAAAUCUGAUGUAGUCACAGUUCACGAAGUAGAAAAGGUAUCAAGAAUUAUUGAAAUAUUAAAAUCAACCCAACAUUUACACCAUGGUUUCCCAGUUGUCGAACGUCCAAUUCUAAAUAAUCAACGUGAUGCUUAUGGUAACUUACAACAAUAUGAUGAUGAAACUGCCUACAGUGGUUUAAUUUUAAGAAAUCAAUUGGUUGUAUUGUUGUACUAUAAAAUUUUCUGUCAUGAACAACCAAUACCACAAAACCCACGUUUGUUGGGCGGUAAUGCAAAUAGAAAAUAUCCUCAACGUAGAUUUGGAAGAGUUACAGAUUAUGGCCAUGUACAAGCAGAUCCAAGAAUGUCUUAUGAAUUAAUGACUCAAAGUUUAGCAAGACAUUUCCCACCAAUCGAUAAAAUGAACAUUACACAGGACGAAAUCGAUAAUAUGUAUAUCGAUUUAAGACCAUAUAUGAACCUUUCAAGUAUCGUUGCAAACGAAACCUAUUCAUAUUCAGAAACCUAUCAACUUUUUAGAACUAUGGGUUUAAGACAUUUACCAGUAUUGAACAAGAGGAGUGAAGUUGUUGGUAUUGUAAGCAGAAAAGAUCUCUUAUAACCAUUUUCAUGAUAAUUUUACUCAGGAGAAUUGGGAGUUGUUGGUAUUAUACUGUAAAUACAUACAU